AUGACCAGCCUUGUGGAUUACAUUGAUUUCUCGCAGAAAUCCUUCCUAGAGUACCGAAAGCACUACUUGACUCGUAUAUUUGGUAGCCCCUAUUAUGGAUGCUACUUUCUCGGAUUCGUCAUCUUCACCCUGGGCCUCGCGCGCGACCAUGUGUAUCAACUGGCCCUCGAAGAUCAGCCUUACUACGCCCCAGUGCACCAACCGCUUCUAGGCGCCGUCCUGUUCGGCAUCGGAUCUAUCCUCGUCUUGACUAGCAUGUAUGCCCUUGGUGUCACUGGUACCUAUCUCGGAGACUACUUCGGCAUCCUUAUGGAUGCUCCCGUCACCGGCUUCCCAUUCAGCGCCACCGGUUCCCCCAUGUAUUGGGGAAGCACCCUGAACUUCUUGGGUGUCGCCCUUUACUUCGGCAAGGCUGCCGGUCUCUUGCUCACUGCAGAAGUUUUCAUCGUGUACUGGUUCGCUCUCCAGUGGGAGGAUCCUUUCACCGCGGAGAUCUAUGCCAAGCGGGAACGGGAGCGCGCAAAGUCCAAGCGCGGAGGCAAGAGCUUGUAA